GCACUAGUAUCUGUGAUGUUAUAUAAAAUCGAUAGGAACGUUGCUAAUUUCGCCGUUCAUUCCUACAAGAUGUUGCUGAAGCUUGCGAUUUUACUUUUGGUGGUGGACGGACUAAAAACUGCAGAUGGUCGCGUUAUAACCAGACGCAGUUUCGCCGAUCAAUCCGUGAAAGGUUACCUAACCGAGAGAACAUGCUGGUGGAAUGAGGUGUGCAAGGAAGAGUUUCAGAAUCUGUUCCGCUGCAAAUGUCCGGCUUGGUCAUUCUGCAGAGCUCCAGGUCGUUACUACAACGCUUACUGUUCGAUGACCGCAACCGGUUACAUUUGGUCGCAGCCCGGACUUGAGGAAAUAUAGCAAAGAAGAGGUCGCCGAGAGUCCAACAAACACCUCGACGACCACAGAAACGAACCAUAAACAUAAAUAAUAAGACUGUUUCUGGCACUUUUAUCUUAUCACCGUAAAAAGAACCGCAAAUAUAUAGAAUACUAAACAUAUAUAUAUAAAUAUACAUUUAUUAGAUAGGGAAAUUUAAAUGUGUUCUUAAGCUUAUAUUCUGUGCAAAUCAAAAUUGCAAAUGUGAUAAACACUUGUGAAUAAAUCAAACUUUACUGAA